UUCUUUUAUGCAGCUGGGCGGGCAGUGGCGGCAAAAUGAUUACAUAGGCUGAGCCUGUCAGACCGCCUGCGGACAGCUCAGCACACGCCGCACAGCGCCUCUGCCCUUUUGCUAAGUCAUCAGUCAACCGCCGCGUCUAUCGUCACCUCAUAACUGGAGCUGUCUCUGCCAACCUCCAGACCUCCUCCAACUCUCCAUCUGUCAUCUCUCUACCCCCCCUCUACAUCCCACCCCAGGCAUCUCUGCUUUCCUGCGAGAUCCUGUCUCUUCUUUACCUGUUCGUCUCCUUUCAGACUGUUCCUUUUUCCCUCCGUCUCUUUCCCCUUCGUUGUCAUUUAGUGACGUUCCCCGGCAUUUCAGCCUGCGUCGCUCUCGCAGCUUGAGAUACGUAUAGCACAGUCUACAGCGUCGCUCAAGAUGUCUCAGGAACCAGACCACGUUCACAGCAAGCAGAGGGUGCACCUCAACGACCCCUCUGGCGCUGAGAAGAAAGAGGAGCUCGACACCUCAACGGCUAUCCUCAAGAAGAAGAAGAAGCCCAACUCGUUGAUUGUGACAGACGCCGUCAACGAUGACAACUCCAUCAUCGCCCUCUCCAACAACACCAUGGAGACGCUCCAGCUCUUCAGAGGUGACACUGUGUUGGUAAAGGGAAAGAAGCGCAAGGACACCGUCCUUAUCGUGCUGGCAGAUGAUGAUCUGGAUGACGGAAGCGCUCGCAUCAACCGUGUCGUAAGACACAACCUUCGUGUUAAGCACGGUGACAUUAUCACGGUGCACCCGUGCCCCGACAUCAAAUAUGCCAAGCGUAUUGCUGUCCUCCCCAUCGCUGAUACCGUCGAGGGUAUCACUGGCUCCCUCUUCGACGUUUUCCUCGCCCCCUACUUCCGUGAGGCCUACAGACCCGUCCGCCAGGGUGACCUGUUCACAGUACGUGGUGGUAUGAGGCAAGUAGAAUUCAAGGUUGUCGAGGUGGAUCCCCCAGAGUACGGUAUUGUAGCGCAGGACACCGUCAUCCACUGCGAGGGCGAGCCCAUUCAGCGCGAGGAUGAGGAAAACAACCUCAACGAGGUCGGUUACGAUGACAUUGGUGGUUGCCGGAAACAGAUGGCUCAGAUCCGUGAGCUUGUCGAACUGCCCCUUCGCCACCCCCAGCUCUUCAAGUCCAUUGGUAUCAAGCCUCCCCGUGGUAUCCUCAUGUACGGCCCUCCCGGUACGGGUAAGACUCUGAUGGCUCGUGCCGUGGCCAACGAGACCGGUGCUUUCUUCUUCCUGAUCAACGGUCCCGAAAUCAUGUCCAAGAUGGCCGGUGAGUCCGAGUCGAACCUGCGCAAGGCCUUCGAGGAAGCCGAGAAGAACUCUCCUUCCAUCAUCUUCAUCGAUGAGAUCGACUCGAUCGCGCCCAAGCGUGAGAAGACCAACGGAGAAGUCGAGCGUCGUGUUGUUUCCCAACUCCUUACCCUCAUGGACGGCAUGAAGGCUCGCUCCAACAUUGUCGUUAUGGCGGCCACUAACCGCCCCAAUUCCAUCGACCCUGCUCUCCGUCGUUUCGGACGUUUCGACCGUGAGGUCGACAUCGGUAUCCCCGACCCUACGGGCCGUCUGGAGAUCCUGCAGAUCCACACCAAGAACAUGAAGCUUGCGGAGGACGUCGACCUGGAGGCCAUUGCUGCCGAGACUCACGGUUACGUCGGAUCUGAUCUCGCCUCUCUGUGCUCUGAGGCUGCCAUGCAGCAGAUCCGUGAGAAGAUGGAUCUCAUUGACCUCGACGAAGACACCAUCGAUGCCGAAGUUCUCGACUCCCUUGGUGUCACCAUGGAGAACUUCCGCUUUGCUCUGGGUGUCUCUAACCCUUCAGCUCUGCGCGAGGUUGCCGUUGUCGAGGUCCCCAACGUCCGUUGGGAAGACAUUGGUGGUCUGGAAGAAGUCAAGCGCGAACUCAUCGAGAGCGUCCAGUACCCUGUCGAUCACCCCGAAAAGUUCCUCAAGUUCGGUCUGUCGCCAUCUCGCGGUGUUUUGUUCUAUGGUCCUCCUGGUACUGGUAAGACCAUGCUUGCCAAGGCCGUUGCCAAUGAGUGUGCCGCAAACUUCAUUUCCGUCAAGGGCCCUGAACUGCUGAGUAUGUGGUUCGGUGAGUCCGAGAGCAACAUCCGUGACAUCUUCGACAAGGCUCGUGCUGCCGCACCUUGCGUUGUCUUCCUGGAUGAGUUGGAUUCGAUCGCCAAGGCUCGUGGUGGCUCCGUUGGAGACGCUGGCGGUGCCUCUGACCGUGUCGUCAACCAGCUCCUGACUGAAAUGGAUGGUAUGACCUCGAAGAAGAACGUCUUUGUCAUUGGUGCCACCAACCGUCCCGAGCAGCUCGACCCUGCUCUGUGCCGACCUGGCCGUCUCGAUACCCUUGUCUACGUUCCUCUGCCCGACCAGGCCUCGCGUGAGAGCAUUCUCCGGGCUCAGCUCCGCAAGACUCCCGUUGCACCUGACGUGGAUAUCCCCUACAUCGCCAGCAAGACCCACGGUUUCUCUGGUGCCGAUCUUGGCUUCGUCACCCAGCGUGCCGUCAAGCUUGCUAUCAAGCAGUCUAUUGCUGCCGAUAUCGAGCGCCAAAAGGAGCGUGAGGCCGCCGGCGAGGAUGUCAAGAUGGAGGAAGAGGAGGAGGCUGAAGACCCUGUUCCCGAGCUCACCCGUGCCCACUUCGAGGAGGCCAUGCAGUCCGCUCGUCGGUCCGUCAGCGAUGUCGAAAUCCGAAGAUACGAGGCGUUUGCUCAGAGCAUGAAGAACUCUGGUGGCAGCAGCUUCUUCCGCUUCCCCACGGCGGAGGAAGUCACGAAUAACAACCAGAACGGUUUCGGUGAGGCCGGCAACGACGACAGCCUCUACGACUAGACGGUUUCCUUUAUGCUUGACACUUGUCCGACCUGCGAUCAGCGGUUUGGUGGAGCAACUGGUGUGGACCUUGUUUUCUUUGAGAUUGAUUGGCUUUUUAAUGUCUUCCCUUCUGUUUAACAUCUCCCGCUUGUCUUCUGUGAUGUAUCUCAUGUGGCAUAGUCGACGUGCAAGUGAACAGACAGACUGUUCGCGUUGAUUCUCGGGUCGAGCCCGGUUUCACGGAUCGACUACGGAGAAAAUGGAAUCUGACAGGCGGGUUACUGAAGCUCAGCCAAGUGGAUCUAACUCUCUGACUGUAUUCUACAUUCCUCCCAUAGAUGUCCAUUUCAAGACCACAAAGCUCUUGUUGUGUUCUGAUAGGGAAGCUUUCCACGUAGCCAAACGAAUCAUGGUGUCCAAACAGGUAUCAUGGGCGAACAGUAAUCCAGCCUCCUCAACUAGACUCCCAAGAC